GUCUGGAACACCGGCUAAGCGCUGAGGUGUACUUCCUGCCAACAUUACUACUUGUAAUCCUUGUAUCGUAGUACUAUUUUGUGUUCUUUGUGUCUUUAUCGUAAUCGGACUAGUUUUCUUCAUACUUUUCAAUUGCUUGGCUGGUGGCAAUUGACUGAAAUUUCUAGCACGUCUUGUUUUUUUGUGUUCAUCGUUAUUUUCUGGAUCCCUUCAUGGCAACUUACUUGGAAUUCAUUCAGCAGAAUGAGGAAAGAGAUGGCGUACGUUUCAGCUGGAAUGUUUGGCCUUCUAGCCGUUUAGAAGCCACACGGAUGGUAGUCCCAUUGUCUUGUCUUUUUACUCCACUAAAGGAACGUCCUGACCUUCCUCCUAUACAGUAUGAACCAUUGGUGUGCGGCAGACCUACCUGUAAAGCUGUUCUAAAUCCACUAUGCCAAGUGGAUUACAGAGCCAAACUGUGGGCAUGCAACUUUUGUUUCCAGAGAAAUCAGUUUCCUCCAACAUAUGCGGGCAUUUCAGAAGUGAACCAACCUGCAGAGCUCAUGCCUCAGUUUUCCACCAUUGAAUACAUUGUACAGCGAGGACCUCAGUCCCCUCUUAUCUUCCUGUAUGUGGUGGACACUUGCUUAGAAGAGGAAGAUCUUCAAGCAUUGAAGGAAUCCCUGCAGAUGUCACUCAGCCUGUUGCCACCAGAUGCACUGGUGGGGCUUAUCACCUUUGGGAGAAUGGUGCAGGUCCAUGAACUGAGCUGUGAGGGGAUAUCCAAAAGCUACGUCUUCAGAGGGACUAAAGACCUGACAGCAAAGCAAAUUCAGGACAUGCUGGGACUUACAAAACCAGCGACACCUGUUCAGCAGGGAAGACCACCUCAUCCUCAGGAACAGCCACAGAUCUCCAGCAGGUUUCUACAACCUGUCCACAAAAUAGACAUGAACUUGACUGACCUCCUUGGAGAGUUGCAGAGAGACCCAUGGCCUGUGCCACAGGGAAAGAGGCCUUUGAGAUCUACGGGAGCAGCUUUGUCUAUUGCUGUUGGCCUGUUAGAGUGUACCUUUCCCAACACAGGAGCCCGAAUCAUGUUGUUCACUGGAGGUCCUCCCACUCAAGGUCCUGGUAUGGUGGUUGGAGAUGAAUUGAAAACACCAAUUCGUUCCUGGCAUGAUAUUGAGAAGGACAAUGCACGUUUUCUGAAGAAAGCCACAAAGGUGUUUGAGGCAUUAGCUAACCGUACUGCCAACAAUGGCCACUGCAUUGAUAUCUACGCUUGUGCUCUUGAUCAGACUGGACUUCUUGAGAUGAAGUGUUGCUCAAAUCUGACAGGGGGUUACAUGGUGAUGGGAGACUCCUUCAAUACGUCUCUCUUUAAGCAGACUUUUCAGAGGGUUUUCAACAAAGAUCUGAAUGGAUUUUUUCGAAUGGCUUUUGGAGCCAACUUGGAAGUCAAGACCUCAAGGGAAGUGAAGAUUGCUGGUGCAAUUGGACCAUGCAUAUCCUUAAAUACCAGAGGACCCUGUGUGUCUGAAAAUGAACUUGGUAUUGGUGGCACUAGCCAGUGGAAGAUCUGUGGUGUGGAUCCCAGCACAACACUUGCUGUUUACUUCGAAGUGGUAAAUCAGCAUAAUGCCCCUAUCCCACAGGGUGGAAGAGGUGCUGUCCAGUUUGUCACCCAAUUUCAACAUUCCAGUGGACAAAAACGUAUUCGAGUAACAACAGUAGCAAGAAAUUGGGCUGAUGCACAGGCACAAAUUCAGCACAUAGAGGCAGCUUUUGAUCAAGAAGCUGCAGCUGUUCUUAUGGCACGUCUGGGUGUGUUCCGAGCUGAAUCUGAAGAAGGUCCUGAUGUCUUGCGGUGGUUGGACAGGCAAUUAAUACGUCUGUGUCAGAAGUUUGGACAAUUUAACAAGGAUGAUCCUACUUCCUUUAGGCUGUCAGAAGCAUUCUCACUGUAUCCUCAGUUCAUGUUCCAUCUGCGGAGAUCACCUUUUCUUCAGGUGUUUAAUAACAGUCCAGAUGAAUCUUCAUACUAUCGGCAUCAUUUUGUCAGACAAGACUUGACGCAGUCGCUCAUCAUGAUUCAGCCCAUCCUGUAUUCAUACUCCUUCUAUGGUCCCCCAGAGCCUGUACUUCUUGACAGCAGCAGCAUCCUACAAGACAGAAUUCUUCUAAUGGAUACCUUUUUCCAGAUUGUUAUCUACCUUGGUGAAACCAUUGCUGCAUGGCAAAAAGCCGGGUACCAAGAUUUACCUGAAUAUGAGAAUUUCAAGCAGUUGCUGCAAGCUCCAGUUGAUGAUUCUCAGGAAAUCUUGCAGAAUCGGUUCCCAAUGCCACGAUAUAUAAAUACUGAACAUGGUGGCAGCCAGGCUCGAUUCCUAUUGUCUAAAGUGAACCCAUCUCAAACACAUAAUAACCUGUAUGCAUGGGGGCAGGAGUCUGGUGCUCCAAUCCUAACAGAUGAUGUCAGCCUUCAGGUGUUUAUGGAUCAUUUGAAAAAGUUGGCUGUGUCAAGUGCAGCAUAGUUUUAAGGACCAGAGACCAAAAAAGAAACUGGGCACAUUCUUGCACAACAAAUGGCUCCUAAAUGUCCAUUUCCAACAUGAAGACCAAAUUUUCCUGCAUUUUUAAAAGUAUUUUCUUACGGAGAGUGACAGAUGUCUAAACAAAGCUGUUGACCCUUUUAAUUUAUUAUUCCUACUACAUACCUCUCCUCUUAAUGCUUCUGAGACAUUUGGGACAUUUGUAACUUUUCUUCUGGUAUGGACUACUGUCAUCAGAUUGUUGAGUAGAAUGAAAACUACUGCAACUGCUUAUUUUAGGAACCCUUCAGCUAAAAUAUAUUUGCAGAUUAUUCAGAAAACAAAUGGAACUGCUUUUCAGUUUUCAUUGUGAAAAAUGUAAUGUACUGUAUUGUUUGCAAUCUAAAUCUUUUAAUUACUGAUUUUUAAAACUCUUCUAAUAAUGUCUCUAUUUUUUUAGUUUUCCUAUUUAAAAUAACUUAUCCUUUCUGAUGAAUUAUUUGGAACAUAUUUUUUGUUUUAACUAUAAAAACAUUCACAAAGUAAUGAAAAAAAUAAAGCCAAUGUGUCAAGUCUGA